AUGGCGUCGACCAGAGCGUCCGUUCUGAUCGCUCUCGGGACGAACGCCGUGCUCUUCCUCGGCGCCUCCCGCCUCUUACCCAACGACAGCAGCAGCAGCAGCAGUGCGUCCACGUCCACGUCCGUGCCCCUUAUCGUCUUCUCGCUGCUGUCCGCGCUCGUGUCCGUCGUCGCUAUCGUGACCCCCCGCCGCCUCUGCAAUGCCGUGAUCCAAACGCGGAGGGACCGGCGCGUGCGGGACGUCCAAUCACUGAGCCGCAGCGCCACGUCGGCCGCGCGCGCCGAACUGGCGAACGCAAUGGACGACCAGUGGUUCGAUGCGAAACGGCCGUCUGGCGGCCGCAAGUCGCGCUUUGCUUUGGAUCAGAUCGAGUUGGCGAAGCAGCGGGUGUCGAUUCGGAGCCACGUGUCGACGAACUCGUUGUACGAACAGGUGAAGGGGACGCUGAAGGACCACGACUUUGGUCGCGACCAUACGAGCAGCGACAGCAGCGGGAUCUACCUCAUGAACCCCGCCACGGGCUGUUUCUUACGGGUCACGCCCCAGCGGAAGCUCGCGUUCACGUCCAAGCCAUCGCCGGCCUGCCAGUUCCAGGUCGUGCAGUCUCCCACGGCGCAGUCGUUGUGGAGCUUUUGUGCCGUGAACACCCAGCGAUUCAUUGGUCAGAAUAUCAUGCAGCGACUCGUGGCCGCGAGUAAAAAAGUGCACGCGUGGGAGACGUUCCAAGUGUUGCAGCGCCCUGACGAGCCGCCAGCCAGUGACAAGUGCAGUCCGCCAGUCUAUCUGCUACUCGGUGCUGCUCGAUUUGGCAAAGGCAUGUGGGUCGCGGACAAAACGAGCACCUUUUCACGCUUUUCCCAGUCAAAAGGAGCCCAACUCAGCAAAAGGGCGUCCAAGAGUGGGGAAUGUCGGGAAGACGAUCCGCAGUCCAAUCGAGCGACGACUGGGUCGCAGCGUGGCAUCCUGUUGUCCAAGCAAUUUGAUCACGCUGUCGGAUUCGUCUACAGCUCGGACCUAGCAGCGCUGCUGGCUCUAGCAGCACGUGCGGGACCACGACCAAUAGUGGCGAUCGAGUCAGAAUCCUCGUCAAGGACGUUUAGCUACAGAGCGCCGACGUCUCCUCGCUCGGUUGAAACGCUGCUGCAGGCUAAGGACGGCACGUUCCAUGUGCCAAUGCUCGCGAGGUGGGACCGUGGGGAGGUGCGUCUACCGUGGCUUGAUGCUGCUGUCCCAAGCAUCGACAUUUGGGGUUCAGAGCGGCCGCGGCUUUUUCUGGAAACAUCUGAAGACCGUAUGAGUGAGAUCAUGACGGCAACAAUUCCUGGAUCGACUGUGAGUGAUUUUCUCGAGUUUGUAGCUCCGCGCCCGAUACGGCUCAAGUGCAACAUGGACCGGUCAUCGCUGAUGAAGUCUGGCUCACUUGACGCUGUUGUAGCCACUGCCGUUUUGAACGGGAGUGGACGUGGAGAAUCCAAAGAAAGUUGUGACUUGCUAUGUGACUGGCACGCGCACCCACGCUAUGGGAUGAUACGUGCACUUGGCUAUCGCGCUGACGCUAGUGCCGUGUCCAACGUACAUCGUCCGGGCACUGGCAAUGGCAAGGAUGCUACGAAGAGCGCGACACCGAGCAACGUGAAGGCGGCAAUUGUCGAGCAGUAUCACUCGUGCACAGUUGAUAAUGAUUAUGACUUGAAGGAUGGCAAUGACGAACAUGUUCCGCACAAGGCCGUGCUGCAGACCAAGAUGUAUACCCGUGGCAUUCCUUAUAGCAAUUGUUUCUCUAUUGAGGUGCUCAUGGAGGUCGAGGAUGUCUCACUAAAUGAGGAUGAUUUAACGAGACGAGCGCGUACUGUGAGCGAUGCAUCCACAUCUUGUCUACCAGGUAAAGAAUGCACUUCGGGCUUACGCAUUCGGUGGCGAGCAGGCGUGGUUUUUUCAAGACGCAUAACGCUCAAGGCACAGAUUGAGCGUGGGGCCUUGAACGGGGUGCAGAGCAGCUGUACAUCAAUACUGAAGGUGUUGCAAAAGAAAAGUACGAAACAACGCUUUGCGUCAGCGGCUGUGCGACAAAGUUCACUCGUGAGCACCGAUGUGUUUAGCAAAGCGAAGUGUGCAGACUCUGCCAGCACGUUGGCAUCAAGCAGCAACUCGUGUUCGUCGGUCACUCUAAGUACACGGGAAAAGCGGUACGCGGAGCAGAAUUUAGUCCUGCUGCCGCAAGCAUUCGCUCUCGAAGCCAUAAAGGGCCUCAUCUCCGCGAUCGCGGAUACAAACUUGCUCUCGGACAAACUCAGCACUUUGCCAGCCCAGCUACCGUGGAGGCCGUAUAUCCGCGGGCCCUCUUCGGUACGUCCUACGCCGCUGCACGUGUUAGCAACCACCGUAACUGCUAUCCCUUUCUUCGAAAGUAAACCGAAAGAGUUUGUGCAGGUGCUUGAGGAAGACAUGGGCGAAAAGGUGACCGCUGCACUAUUUUUUGAGGCGUUGCUAUCAGAUGCUCUGUCAUAUUUCCGCUUUGCUCACGCCGAUAGCGGUACAAUGGAGGUGGACAUAAGCGCGUGGCGAGCCAUCGUGCCACCUGGUCAACCGUACAAACGAACGAACGGAUACAUUCGCAAACAGGUUUUCCAGAUGCCGUUGAGCGAGAUACCUGGAGUUGAAGUUGCUCACGUCGAGGACUUUCAGUAUUACGCAUUGGUAAAAGCUCGGAACAAAGACUUGAAAGCGCUUGCUGAGAGUCGCGGCAAUAGCAAUCGUAGCGGCGAUAAACACGACAGCUACAUUGGAAGUGCCGAAGGAAUCCAAGGGUCUGGGAGACGAAAUUCGAAAUACUCACCUAUCCAGACUGAUGACGCGAAAACGGGCGGUGAAGCAAAGUACCUCAGCCUACGUAAAGAACGUCUUGAAUUUGGCAUGAAGCUUUUUGUCCCAGCGUUGCCUGGAGGGUCUCAAUUCUCGAUUGAAGUAUUGGUGGUCGUGGAGCCUGCUAGCGACGACUCGUUCGACAGCUCGCUUCGCGUUUUCUUUGCAACGCCUUCGCAGAAUGGACAUCUUCAGUCGCGUGAGCACAGUGGUGUGAAUCGGUGUAUGGUGGACGGCAUUUCGCAGGGGCUGAGGCACAUUUGGCAGCAUAUAGCGCAGACAAUGAUCGACGUGUGCAAGACCGAUGAUGACUUCAACGAUCGACCCUACCAAGACGAGUCUUGUGGCUACUCGGCUCAGGGAUGGACCGAGCAUGAAAUGCACUUGCUGCAACGGCUACGGGCCAAUGUGGAUUUGCCAACGCAUGAUGAACUGGCGUCUAGAUUGAUUGUUGCGAUUGCCGCGUCCUUCGGACAAGCAAUGGACCGUAACGGACACACGGUGCAAUCAGUUGAGUAG